AUGAUUUUGAAGAAGCUUUGCUUCGUCUCCGUCGGUGCGACAGCUUCAUUUGAAAAAUUGAUCCGCCAGGUUCUCAACGAGGCAUUUCUUGCCAAGCUUGCGCAACACAAAUUUACUCAUCUUCUUAUUCAAUAUGGCAAGGAUGGCGAGGCCUUGUGGAAUGAAUUUGUGAAUGAUUUCCCCGAGGAACACCUCCAUGGCGUCCGUGUUGGGGGAUUUGACUUCAAGCCCGAGCUCUGGCCGUGCAUGCACAUGGCCACGAAGACCAUGACCCAGGAUCUCGGAAUCGUCAUCUCUCAUGCCGGAACCGGCACUAUUUUGGAGGCUCUUCGCUUGGCAUUGCCGUUGAUCAUCGUCCCCAACGCCGAUCUCGCUGGUAAUCACCAGGUGGAUUUGGCCGCUCAGAUGCAGGACAUGAAAUAUGCCAUUCAUGCUGAUGUUGACAACUUGCUUGAGGCCCUUGACAAGGCAGAGGCCCAACGGUCCGAGCGUCCUUCGCGUGUGAGCCGGCCCUAUGGUCAUGAGGAUACCGUCGUGGACCCAAUGGCCGACCAGCUUUAUUUCGUCGACUGA